AUGAAUGAGCAAGGUAACACACCAUUUAAGUUUUUCUCCCUUGGGGGUAGUAACGAAGUGGGUAGAUCAUGUCACAUUCUGCAAUAUAAAGGGAAAACCAUAAUGUUAGAUGCUGGUGUCCAUCCAGCGUACCAAGGUAUGGCAUCUUUACCCUUCUACGAUGAAUUUGACUUAUCAACCAUUGAUGUCUUGUUAAUUUCUCAUUUUCAUUUAGAUCAUGCUGCAUCAUUACCUUACGUUAUGCAAAAGACAAACUUUAAAGGAAGAGUAUUCAUGACACAUCCAACAAAGGCUAUUUACAGAUGGUUACUAAGAGAUUUUGUUAGAGUGACGAGUAUUGGUGUCAAUUCAACCAUAGGAAAUGAUGACAAUAUAUAUACCGAUGAAGAUUUGGCUGAAUCAUUCGAUAAAAUUGAAACUGUGGAUUACCAUUCCACCGUCGAUGUAGAUGGUAUUAAGUUUACUGCGUUCCAUGCAGGCCAUGUGCUCGGUGCAGCAAUGUUUCAAAUAGAAAUUGCAGGUCUAAGAGUAUUAUUCACAGGGGAUUAUUCUCGUGAGAUGGAUCGACAUUUAAAUUCUGCUGAGGUGCCGUCAUUACCUUCUGAUGUAUUGAUUGUAGAGUCCACGUUUGGUACAGCUACUCACGAACCUCGUUUAAAUAGAGAAAAAAAUCUUACUCAGUUGAUUCAUUCUACUGUGUCGCGUGGUGGGAGAGUCCUUCUGCCUGUCUUUGCGUUAGGUAGAGCACAAGAAAUAAUGUUAAUAUUGGACGAAUAUUGGUCACAACAUGCAGAAGAAUUAGGUAGUGGUCAAGUCCCGAUUUAUUAUGCUUCCAAUUUGGCAAAAAAAUGUAUGAGUGUUUUUCAAACUUAUGUCAAUAUGAUGAAUGAUGACAUCCGUAGGAAAUUUAGGGACUCUCAAACUAACCCAUUUAUAUUUAAAAAUAUUUCAUAUUUAAGGAACUUAGAAGAAUUUCAAGAUUUUGGACCGAGUGUGAUGUUGGCGUCCCCUGGUAUGUUACAAAGUGGUUUAUCAAGAGAUGUUCUCGAAAAAUGGUGCCCUGAUGAAAAAAAUCUUGUGUUGAUAACUGGUUAUUCGAUUGAAGGUACUAUGGCUAAAUUUAUAAUGUUGGAGCCAGAUACUAUUCCAUCCAUUAAUAAUCCAGAAGUGACAGUCCCAAGACGUUGUAAUGUAGAAGAAAUAUCGUUUGCUGCUCACGUUGAUUUCCAAGAGAACCUAGAGUUUAUUGAAAAAAUAAGCGCCAAUAAUAUUAUUCUUGUUCACGGAGAAUCAAACCCAAUGGGUCGUCUUAAAUCUGCGAUAUUAUCAAACUUUACGGCAUUAAAAGGAACAGAAAAUGAAGUUCAUAUAUUCAACCCCAGAAAUUGUGUGGAAGUAGAGUUAGAAUUCAAAGGUAUCAAAGUAGCGAAAGCAAUAGGUAAUAUUGUGGAUGAAGUGGGCAAAGAAGGAUUGGAUAAUCUUCUGGGAAACAAAAAUGAAGAGAAGGAGAGUGAUGACACUACAGAGCCCACAAUCGAGGAUAAACCCAAUUCUGAUAUCGUCGUUUCUGGAAUAUUAGUCUCUGAUGAAAAGAAUUUCGAUUUAAAUCUUGUUUCUCUAUCAGAUUUAAGAGAGCAUCAUUCAGAGCUUUCAACAACGGUCUUAAGAGAGAGACAAACAGUAUAUGUCAACUGUAGAAAGGAGCUUAUUUAUUGGCACAUUAACCAAAUGUUUGGUGAUAUAGACGUUUUAGUUGAUGAUGAUAAUAUUACCCAUUCCCUCAAACCAAAAUCAGAAGAAAAGACAGAUGUUAAGCCACAAGAAACGACAGAGACAGGCAAACUUGUUUUAAGAAUUAUGGGUGAUAUCAGAUUAUCUCUUGUCGAUAAUACGGCAGUCUUGGAAUGGACACAGGGUCUUGUUAGUGACACGGUGGCAGACUCCAUCAUUGCUAUUCUGAUGAGUGUUGAUUCCGCACCCGCAAGUAUCAAGAUGAGUAGUCGAAGUUGUAAUCAUGAUCACGACCAUAGUAAUCAAAUUGAAGAAUUAAAUCAAGAAAGUGAUGUCUGGAAAAUAAAACAAGUUUCUAAUCUUUUCAAAGAGCAAUUUGGAGAUUCAUUCACACUCUUGCUCGAAAAGUCAGAAAGUACAGAAGAGUCAGAAGAUGAUAUUUUCGGUGCUGUCACUAUAGGUAAAAAUAACGCUCAUAUAAAUUUCUCAAAGAUGAAAAUUGAAGAAUGCAACUCAAAUCCUUUGAAAGGCAGGGUCGAGAGUCUAUUACGAAUUGGUGCUGAUUUGGUGGCGCCUUUAUGCUAA